AUGGGGUGGAAGUUUCUAAUGCAUCCUGAUGCUCUCGUUUCUAAGGUUUUUAAGGCUAGAUACUUUCCGAAUGCUUCUUUCCUUGAAGCGGGGGUAGGGUCGAAUCCUUCGUUUGUUUGGUCGAGUAUUCGGGAAUCUCAAGAGAUUUUUAGAGCGGGGAUGAGAUGGAAAGUUGGGAAUGGUAGUAGGGUGAGAGUUUGGGGGGAUCCAUGGUUGACCGAUAAAACAAAUCCUUAUAUUAUUACUCCUGAGCCUGAUUACUUGCAUGGACCUUGCGUUAAUAACCUCUUCUGCCAAAAUACUAAGAAUUGGGAUUAUGACCUUUUAAGGGAUAUUUUUUGUCAGAGGGAUGUUGAAUGCAUUAUGAGUGUUCCAACUUCCCUUGCUGACUUUGAUGAUUCUAUGUACUGGGGUGGUGAGGGGAAGGGGAUCUAUACGGUCAAGAGUGCUUAUAGGAUAGCCAUGGAGCGUGAGGGGCGUGCGGGAGUUGUGGGGUGGUCGGGGGUGUGGAAGUUAAAUAUUCCUCCAAAGUUUAAAUGCUUCUUUUGGUCUCUUUGUUCUUUGCGUCUGCCUACGAAGGAUCUUUUAUGUAUGAAACAAGUAAAUUGUGAUCAGGUUUGUUUGCUUUGCGGUCUGGCGAAUGAGAGUGAUAUCCAUGUGUUUGCAAACUGCUCUUUUGCCCGAAGUUGUUGGAGGCUUUUAAAUACGACAUGGCGGUUAGCUUAUCUUGAAUCUGUUCAUGCUUGGGUUGAGGAGAUGUGGAUCGAGCUUACGUCCUCCACGUUGGAGCAAGCGAUUAUGGUGUGUUGGUCCAUAUGGGAAGCUAGGAAUCAACUGUGCUGGAAAAAUUCUUGUUUAGCUCCUGGAGCAGUGGUGGCUUAUGCGCAGGCUUUCUAUGAUAGUUGGCAAUCUGCAAAUGCUAUGUUGCAUGGCACUGGGAGUAUUUCUCACGAUGCUGACUCUGAUGCGGCAGCCUGGCAGCCCCCGCGAAAUGGAUAUUACAAGCUUAAUAUCGAUGUUGCAAUGGAUUACCGCAAUCGCCGAAUGGGGUUUGGGUGGGUUUGUCGUGAUGAGAGAGGGUAUGUGCAUGCCGUGAUUAUGGAAAGAAGGGAGGGGCUUUACUCGGUGAAAGAGGCGGAAGCUAUGGGUGCUAGGUUGUCCUCGAAACUGAUGCUCAGUUUUGUUUUUGCUAAGCGUAGCCGUAAUAUGGUAGCCCAUACAGUGGCUUCUCAUGCUUUGUGUAAUACUGAGGCGAGUCGGGUGGAGUACCUUGAUUCUAUUCCUCGGUUUCUUUCGACUGUUGUGUGA